ACAGACCCAUGUUCUUUAUUGAGGAUGUGCAUCCUGUCAAACUUCAUGCUCCAGUACAUAAUAGAAGCUUGAAGAGCAUCUGGGAAUGGACUUCUCAUGAUUCCAACUUUCAAAAUGUCCAUCUCUGUACUCUGGAAUGGCUUGAUGACGUUUCUACUUAUUCUUGGCACUGGAGUGUAAACCUUCAAAAAAACUUUGACAUUGAGCCAGAUGGAAGUCUAAUUAUUAAGCCACUGUUUGAAAAUGCUGGCAUUUUUAUUUUUAAGCAAGUCUCCCCUCAUGAAAUAAGCCUGGCUCUGUUUGAAGUAUAUGCUUUUCGAUUUAUUCCAUUUAUUUGGAACCCAGUUAAGCUUGGAAGUGAUAUUACUCGAGUUUGCACAAUUUCAAGAGUGGAGGACUUCAUGACAGUCUAUUGGACACAAAAUGGGAAAGCUACAGAUGGUACAGAGUUUCGAUAUAAAAACACACAGUUCCUUAUUUUAAAAAACGUUGAGGAAAAGAGCCAAGGAAAAUACACGUGUGUUUUAAAGAUAGAUGAAACAACAGAAUUUGGUGUGUUCAAUAACAUAACCAUUGAAAGUUCUGAAAAACAACUGAAUUACACUCUUUACAGGGAAAAAAGUGCUGAAAGCAAAGUCCAGCUACUGUGCAGACUACCAAAAAGUUAUAGUAAUGCUACAUGGUCCUGGAAAUCAGUCGAUUCUCCUGAAAGUGACCUCCAACUUCUUGCCUCUACUGGUCCUGAUUAUUCUGAAAAUGUCUUUCAUGCAAGUCAUAGAAACAGAUUUCUUUCUCCAGGAAUAAUCCAUUCUAGCCAUAGAUUUACCAUGGAGAUCUGGCAUGUGAACUUUGAAGAUGCUGGGAUAUACGUUUGCAAUGUUGAUUCACAUACAUACUUGAGUAUAAAACUUAUAACAGUUGAUGUUUCUGUUUCAGUGGGAAACAUGGCUGGCAGAACAGUAGCUCAGCUCAAAUGUAUGUUAUCUGGAGUUUCUGAGGCUGUCAGAUUGACUUGGAUGAAAGAAGAUGGCCACGCGAUGGUCUUAGUGAAAGACAAGAAUUUAACUUCUGAUGCUGACAGAAUUUUAUCACUAGUCAUUCCUAACACUAGCAAAGUGUUACAAAAAUGGGCAUGUGUUGUCUUCAAAGAGAACAUUCCUACUGCUUUUUUUCCAUUGAAACUUAAAGAAUCAGAAUCCAACCCAAAUGUUUCCAAGUACAUUAUGAUUGCUAUUGGAGUUGCUAUCUGUGUGAUUUUCAUUGGAAUUGCCGUAUCAUUCUUCAUAAAAAAGAAAACUGAUUCAGAUUUGGAUUCUGAUGUCUGUGUUGAAAAUAUUUAUGAAAAUGUGGGAUGGAAAGAAGAAAUGCCUCUUGAGAGAUUGAAUUCUGCUAAUCUUUCUGGAUAAGUAAAACAAAACCUAAGUGUUGGUGUAAUUUCAAGCUCAUAAUAUUGUAUAAAGACUGUGUUCUCUGCUGGACUGACCAUAACCUAUGAAUCUAAGCUUUCCUUCAAAAUGACCAACUCGUCUAAUCUCAAUGAAAGUGUGUUUUAGCUCCUUACAUAUAUAUGAAUGAAGUUUUAUUUUCAGUAGUUUCACUGCUUAGAUUAAUCUCUUCAAAAGCUUUAUGCGACUACCUUUACUUAGAUGUGUUACCUGCCUGAAAAAAGUGAAAUGAUUUAUGUUUCUAGUAACCUUUUUGUAUUUAAUUUCUUUGCUCAUAUGUGUCAUAAGAACAGCCUUUAUUGUAUAUUUUCUUGUUAUAAUUUGACUGACUGAUACUGGAAUUCUUUUCUUUUACUCUGAGAAAACUAGAAUGGACUUUGA